CAAUUCACACAUUACAGGACACACACACGGGAUUGAUGUUUCCUAUUGUCUAGCGACACGCUAGCGACACAUGCUCUAUUUUCUCUUUAUGUUUCUCGUCAUGUUUUAUCUUAACCAGUGUCCAGAUUAUUGUCAGGAAAAUACAAAUAUUGCAUUGACACUUCACGCUUUUGAUAUAAUAUGGCCUGGAGACUCUCAAACAACAUCCAGUUUUUAAUGGCAGUAAUAAGCAAGAGAGUAUGCUUGCACCUCCACAUCAGAUGUAGAUGACACAGUUCGUGCCCCGUGUCUUCAGUAUGAACGCGUCAGGUUCUUCCCAGUCGUCCAAGACUUCAUUUAGACCUACAAGCUUUGAGUACUCUGAGGCCAACCACAUUGAACCAUACAAUCGGUUCCAUCCGUAUCAAUACCUGCCUCUGGAAGCUCGCAUGAGCUCUUCCAGCGCUCAACAUGACCCCAAAUCUGCUCUGCGGCCAGACGUCUCGCCUUACCUGGCUCGACAGAGUAAACACCUUGAAAGAGAUUCUGUGAUUUUGAAAAGGCAAGACCUUGCAAGUCAAGGUAGACAUGAAACUAUGGAGACAAGUAAUAAUUCUGCCAGUCAAGGCGCUAUCAGGACUAUUAGUAACAGCUAUCUGGGGCAUAGCGGGGAAACGCCAAACUAUGGUCUCGGUUGGAUGAACAGCCCAAUUCUGGAGAGGUCACGAAGAGUGGCACUACACGGUAACGGUCACAUUUUACCGCGUGUUCAAAAUUCAAUAUCUGAUCGUCGCGAUCUUAGGCACAGUGGUGACCUUCAUUAUGUCUACGCCUUUGGCAGAAAUGCAGAUUCAACGACUUACAGGCCUUAUUCUUUACAAAAUCUCCACAGUAGUGGCCCGAUGGUCCCGAAGACGCUUCACGUUCAUUACCGAGAUAUGACUCCGCCAAGCCCAAAGGAACUGCGGGUUCCCCAGGAUCACGUUAUGUUUGAUCAUCGUCCCGGCAGCCCAAGCCCCAGUUCCUACAACUAUAAUAAUCACGUGUCGCCUGUCAAGCGUUCAAGCUUGCCGAAAAAUCUGGCAGACCUUGACCUGUCAAGCAAAAACCAACUAGAGGAAAUCCGACGGAUAUACGACAAAAAGACCAGCCCUGAUCAUGUCAAACUGAACAACCAAUCGUCUCGCAGGGACAACAAGCCUCUGAGAAAAUCGGAAUCUAACGGGGAUUUUAGGGGCGCCUGGAGUAAAUCGAAGCGUGGUGAAUAUCCGACCCUGGAAUUCAAGUUUACCAAAGACUUCGGAUACGGGGAUGGUCUUGGUAUGGGCAAAAUGAAAGAGUCAGUGGGAGAUAGCUCUUUGGAGCCCUCCGUGAGGAUCAGGGAGGGCUACGAUGAGAGCCACAGGAGGAGGAAGAGAAACCACAUUAUAUUUUUAGUCAUUGUUAUGGUCAUCGUGGCGGUGGCCGUCAUAUCCGCUGUUCUGGCGGCCACAUUGGGCUCAACGUCAGGCAGACAAAGAGCUGGCAGUCAAAAUUAUUCUAUUGUUGUGGCGAAUUUAACUUUAAAAAUCCUGAAUCGAGGCUUUCAAGAGGAACUGCUAGACAGCAACUCGCAAGAAUUUAAAGAUUUGUCUGCGUCUUACAGCAUAGAAAUCGACAGACUGUUUCAGACUUCAAAUCUGGCUGAAGUUUACAGUCAAAAUGAAAUCUUAUAUUUCAGGAACGGAAGUAUCUACGCCACAUCGUCCAUAACCUUCGUUGAUGAAGGCCUGGUGAAAACGUCACGGGAUGUUGAAAACGUCAUAUCCGCUGCAGACUUUGGCAGCGAGGGAAAGCACGAUGACCUUGUACAGCUGGGAGAGUUCUUCGUGUGUCGCUCUUGUGCUGAAGUCCAGCUGGAAUUUGUGACAGUCAAUGAGAAACCAAAAGUCUUAGCAGAAGUCCACGAUCCUGAUUUGUCAGCACCACUGCUAUCCGCCACAGCAAAACUGCCAUCCCUGAUAACAUCAGAGGAGGAUACGGUAGCAAACACAACCAAAUCUUUUGUUAUUAGCUCUACAAGUAACACUGACGAUGAGAAUAGAAUCACAACUGUCAAGUCUGUAACAAAUGAUAGCCCUGACAGUACAUCGAGUCACCAGAAUCAAGAAAAUGCCUUCACACCAACGUCAGUACCAGAUGGAUCUACAUCAGGUGAUACUUACCAGAACAUAAGAACAGGUAUCUUCCUAGAAGCACUCAGCGUAAGCCAAGAUGUGGCUAAGAUUAGAUGCUUGACCAAGAACUUCAGUGGCUGGACAAAUAUCAGUAUUUGGCACUUACCGCUCGAUGCAGAGCCUGUUUUGAUCAUGAGUUUGAAGGCAACAGGAGUGACCACUUAUGGACCCCUGUACUCAAGUCGAGUGGAGUCCAAGUACGAUUUUAACGAAACACACAUUACGUUGACGACGACCUUGUCUCAGUUAGAAUGUCACGACCUUUCCAGUGUGCAGUGUGUUGUGACGGACAAAACAGGAGCACGGCUGUCAAGGACUGUCACAGUGGAUGUCGCAAAUCCAGUCUCAGCCACCAGACCAAAACUAACUGUACCUCACAAUAUCAUUGAGAACAAAAGGAUGACCAAUGAGGUCACUUGUGAGGCCAUGGUUGGACAUCCGGCCUGGACGAUGAGCAUGUGGGCUCAUCUCAGAAACGGUUCUGUCUACUCACUGCCGGCAGAAGAUACAUUACUCCUGGAUAAUUGCGUCAUUCGUUUGGUCAGUUCUCUAAGUGAUGUCGUACCAACACUGGCCAUGAAUGGGACUGUACUUAGGUGUGAGGUACACCAGCCAGGACGGACAACAGUUUUCUCGGACACUCAAACGUUGUUGGUUGUGGAAGAGACAGUCUGUGAAGGGAAACCAAACCAGAGUUAUGUCCCUCACCCGUACAACUGUUCCAGCUACAUUCUAUGUGUGAAUGAGGUGCCCACUAUCCAGCUCUGUCCAGAUGGUCAGUGUUUCGAUAACUACUACAAAAGGUGUGGAGCAAACGAGGUGCCAUUGAUUGUACAAGUGUCCCACGGAGUUCUUAAUCAGGGACUGGCUUUCAUAAAUUGUUCGGUCAGCACCAAACUACAAUGGACUGAGAUGAAACUAAGCCAGACAGCCACUUCAGGCCAAUCAACGGAACUCCUCAGAUUCAACAGCAUCGGUACCGUCACUUGGGCUGACAUAGGCUUAGAGAGUAGAGCCGUAACGAAACUGAAAACGUUAAAGCAGCGACAUCAGUUUCAAGUCUGGAUCUACGAGCUGAAGUGUCUAGAUGAAGGCAACUAUACAUGUCUUGUCAGGAGUGAGUUGAUGGAGCUCACUGAGUCUGCUCAGCUUCGUGUACAAGUCAAACCGGAAGUCCCAAAGAUUACUGUUACUGGGACGCCCUCUGAAGGUGGCUCUGACUCAGUCGUCGUCAAGUGUGAGGCCAACCUGGGAAGACCAGCUUCUAAUAUGACCUUGACGAUCAGAUCUGCCGGGGAGACAGAGUUCAGGCCCGUUCCUUUCAGCAAAAUGACUGACUCUCCCAGCAGCUGUAUGAACAGGCAGACCGGGGAGUAUGACGUGGAACCUGCCAGCGUCCUGAACGGGAGUGUGUUCAGAUGUGAGGUCUCUCCGUCUCGCACGUUUGGGAAGAUGGGCACAUUGCUGAGUGAGGAGAACGAAUAUUUUGUCUUGUCCAAUGAAACCUGUGCUGGCAGAGCGCCCUCCCUCUUGUCUCACCCACGAGAUUGUCGUCUGUUUGUCCAGUGCGCCAAAAACACGGCCUCGGUGUUCUCCUGCGGCUCAAACAUCUGCUUCAAUGUGACGUCACUGCUGUGUGACAUUGUGACCUCUGCUACUGCUGCCCCAGAUAUUAACGACAACUCUUGCUCUCCUGAAAAAAACGGGGUUUAUCUCCCUCAUAAAUCUCUCUGUAACAAGUUCAUCCAAUGCACCUACGGAAAGGAAAUCAACGGGCACUGUCCUAGAGGGCAUGUCUACGCCAGGGAUGGACAAUGCACUACAGACAUUGACCAGUCCUACUGUUUCCUGAAUUACUUCUGAUGGGACCGUGCUGCAUAUGAACUACUUUUUUUAAGACACCAGAGAAAUGAGUUCCGUCUAAUUCAUUAUAACUCAACAUUGCCUGUGAUCGUGUGUUGUGUUGUUUCUCCUCAGACUCAUGGGAUAUGUUUUUUUUAAAACGUUUACUAGUGGCGUAUAACAAAGCAAAUGUUUGCAUAGAAGGAUUGGCAAUGUUCAAACGUGUGAUCAGAGAGGUACAGCUUACAAAACUCAGUUGGAAGAUUGUAUUAGAAUAACAUACACCUUGACGAUUCGAGAACAACACUUCAACUAGUGCGUUAUCUCCUCCUGCAGUGGCGUAGCUAAGGUGGGGGGGGGAGAAUUUGAAAAUCCCCCGGGGGGGGGGGAGGCCUAAAAUGAAUGUUUCAAAUUCUUUUUACACUAAAUAUUAAAUGUUACGCAAAAUGCAGGGUCCCCCAAAGAGGUCAAGCCCCCGGGCCCCCAAAUGAUGGCAAAUUCCUAGUUUAGCCACUAACCUCAUGUUUGCACCAUAUCAAUUCUGGGGCCGCCUCUGACUGUGUACAUUGUUGGAGCUGAGUGUAUAAACAAACAUCUGAUACAAUAUAACAACAAACUUUAAAAAAAAAAAAUGAAAACAAGAGCGUGACUUCACUCUCUUGGCAGAUAUCUAUAAUGUUCCUAAUAAGUAGUGUACAUAAAACAUUCACAACGUCAGUUGUAUAGUAGCUCAAAGUGUCACUACAUUAUAAAACGUGAAAGGUAUCAGACCAUACUGAGAUGUAUUCGUACAUAGCUAAUGAAUACAAUCGGCUUAUACCGAAAGCUCUUCGUGUCAUUUCAAAGCAAUGCCAUACAUAUGUAUAACUCAGUGUAGCUGUUAGAGAAGGGGCUGACAGGGUCUGUGCCAGGCAUAAACAGUUAGUGUCAUUCCUGUAUUAAAAUUCCCUACAAAACAAGGAAGUUUAUUAUCAUCAAGAAAGAUUUUACCUUUUUUGAUCCAUAUUUACUUGAUAAUAAAAUAAUGAGCAAAAAAAAUGACAUUGACUUAUUGUUGUCCGUUAAAAAAAAAGUGCAACAAAAAAAGAGGGGGCUAAAAAAAAGGGAAAAAAAGAGAAGAAAGAAUCAUAAACAAUGUAAAAGGAAAUGCAUUGUUUUCUACAACCUGUUCCACCUUAAACCUUCCUAGCCUACAAUAAUAUUUAAGGAUAUGUAAAUUAGUUUGUAGAAUGCCAGAAUUUGAAACACAUAAACAUUGUUUCAAGACUUUAAGUAACUUUGACUUACUGGAAGAUUACAUCAUAUCCAUAAAAGUAGCACAGGAUUUUGUUGUAUAUGUAUUAAGUUUUUAUGAACUAUGAGUUCUCUGUUAUUGUAUUGUCUCUAUUUAUUUCAGUGUCUGAUUCUUUUUCUCAAAUGUUUUGUAUGACUAACUUUGAAAUGUAUAGACUUGGCUGUGUUUAUUUUCAUUUAUGUUUUGAAAUAGUUGUUUUUGAUUUCUUUUAAUAGACUACAACUUGUGCAUAAAAAAAGAAUUGCAUAUGAUGUUGAUAUUAUGCAAAAGUAGUUUGUUGUUUGUUUGUUUUGUUAUUUAAAACGUUUAUAACAAGACGUACGUUGUUAUCUUACUGAUUUAUGUUCAUCAUAUAAUCGAAGCAUCAUUAACUGUUAAUAUUAUAUGUAAACACUGAUUUCUUUAACAGCCUCGCUUUUAACAACUUCUUUAAAUCUGACCUAUUUGUCUGACCUACUUUAUAACUGACUCGUAUUAAAGCUGACCUACUUUAUGUUUGACCUAGUUUAUGUCUGACCUACUUAAAGGUGAUUUUCUUUAUACAGCAAUUCGAAUUGGUAUGACUAUAGCCAGAAUCAUAUCAAGAUCACUUGUAGAGAUUGAUUUAAUUUUUUUUUAUGCUUGCCUAUCAGAUCAGUCACAACCUUUGUAUGCCUUUUCCGACUUACAGAUAAUAAAAAUUUAGUAUAUUAUUAUUUAUUUCAAUAAAAUUGUUUCAAAU